GCUGUGGCCCGCCGGCUGCGACUGAGGCGGGAUGAGGAGCCGCCCGCUGCAGCUGGGCAAGCUGCUGAGGAGGCGGUUCCGCCUGGUGCUGGCCCUGGGCGUGCUGGCCGUGGGGCUCUGGGCAGCCUACCUGGAGCUGGUGGCCUCGGCCGAGGCGGGCGGGCACCCGCUGAACCGCAGAUAUGGAAGCUGGAGUGAACUGGCUAAAGCUCUAGGGAACCAGGAUACACUUAUAGUGGACCCAAGCCUUCAGUUUUAUCUGCCGCAGAAACCAGAAUCUCAGAACUCAGAACACCGAGGAGGUGGGAAGAGUAGGAAUGAUUCUGCAACGUUGGACAGCUCUGCCCCUUGGAGGCCUGAGUUCAGGGGCCAAGUCAAUCUCCAUGUCUUCGAAGACUGGUGUGGUGGCUCCAUUGAGCAGCUGAGGAAGAACCUCCACUUCCCAUUGUAUCCUCAUACACGGACCACUUUGAAGAAACUGGCAGCCUCUCCAAAAUGGACCAACUAUGGGUUGCGCAUAUUUGGCUACCUGCAUCCAUUCCAUGAUGGCGAGUUUCAGUUUGCUAUUGCUGCCGAUAACAAUGCAGAGUUCUGGCUGAGUGCCGAUGAGAACGUCCCAGGCAUCCAGCUCCUGGCCAGUGUAGGCAAGACUGGGAAGGAGUGGACAGCGCCUGGGGAGUUCGGGAAGUUUAGGAGCCAAAAGUCAAGGCCAGUGAAAUUAUCAGCUUCAAACAAGUACUAUUUUGAGGUGCUGCACAAGCAAGAUGACAAAGGCACAGACCAUGUGGAAGUGGCAUGGAAGCUGAAUGAUCCAGAAGCCACGUUUGCAAUCAUUGACUCUCAGUCUCUCUCCCUUUAUGCCAAUGAAACUCUUUUGAAAAUGAAUGAGAUUGAUCACAUCCCUCAGUCUCUGGCUACUCAUGGAAGCCAGAUCACGCACAGUCGGAAUGCAGCGGGACACCCAGCUGAUAUGCUGAAGCCUGACCCUCGAGACACCAUUUAUAAAGUGCCUCUGCUAAGCAAGUCACAGAUGCGCAAGGUCCUUCCAGAUUGCCCUUACAAGCCAAGCUACCUAGUCAGUGGGCUCCCACUGCAGCGCUAUCAGGGGCUACAAUUUGUUCAUUUGUCCUUUGUAUAUCCCAAUGACUACAGUCGCCUGAGCCACAUGGAGACAGAUAACAAGUGCUUUUACCAGGAAAAUGCCUAUUACUUGGACAGAUACGGAUUCUCUAAAUAUAUGAAAAUUGACCAACCAGAGGGGAUAAAUCUUGAGUCCGAGGAAAUGACAGAACAAGCAGGCUUUGAGGGGGGAAAUCCUGUUGACGUCCAGUAUGUGGAGCCAGAAGAAGACACAGUUCCCCUGCUGAAUUCGACAAGGCUCAAGGUUGACAGAGAUCCCACUCUGGCAGCAGAGUAUGCCAAUCCUUAUGAUUAUUCCCCGCAAAAGCAUCGGAAUCUCUUGUCAAUUACGGGUGUCAACGUUGGCAAGAAUACAGGCAGCAAAGAUGUUAAAAGCCAGAGAACGACUUCAGUCGGUCAGAGUAGCAGUAAAAACAAUCCAGAAAGAAAUUCACCAAGGAGGAAGCCACGUUUGAAAGGUAGCAUCAUGGGAAGUUCCAAAAACUCUCCUCAUGACAAGAGUGUCCAGGAGUUACCAGUGAACAAGAGGAAUGUGGAAGAGGAGGAGCUGCCGCUUAAGAAAAAGCCCAAAAUGGCUGGAGAGAAAAAUCCCAACAGGCCCAAGGAUUCGACCAGAAAGAUGCCAAGAGAAGCCAGUCCUGCCCAAUUAGGUCUUAAUGAAAACUAUAACAAGGGCCUAUCCUUGGAUACCACAGAGAUGAGGCAACAAUCCCGGGGGUCCAUCAAAGGUGCUGUAGAGUCAACUCUUCAAAAACAGCCAUUUCAUGAGGACCAGUGGCUUAACCAAGUAGAUUCAUAUAUAGCCCAGCAUAAGGCAGCAGAUGCUGCCAAUGUCAUCUUAGGAAGGAUAGGUUUGGAUUCCCAGCAGCCUAUUGGUGUUGAUUCUGCUCCACCAGCAACACAAGAGGAGGAGGAAGAGGAGCUGGUGGUAGAGGACAGGGAAGGAGAAGUUGAUGCAGAGGAAGAAGGGUUUGACUACAUACCUGUAUUCGACCAACCAGUGAACUGGGAGCAGACUUUCAGGGCAAAUAACUUGGACUUCCAAGUGCUGAGGACAGACUGGAUUGAUCUUAAGUGCAACACUUCAGGGAACCUGCUACUGAAGGAGAAGGAAGCCUUAGAGAUCACUCGUGUAUUCCUGAAGAAACUCAACCAGAGGCACAAAGGGCGAUUCCAACUGCGGCGCAUCGUGAAUGUGGAGAAGCGUCAAGACCACCUGCGGGGCAGCCGCUACCUUCUUGAGCUGGAGCUGCUGGAGCGGGGAGGGCGCCUCGUCCGUUUCUCAGAAUAUGUCUUUGCACGAGAAUGGCAAGGGAUCAGCAGUGCUGAGGAGGAGAAGAUUAUGAAGGACUUGGCGUGGGGACGUCGGAGGCAUCUGAUGGCCAACCCAGGCGAACCAGUCCUUUGCUGGCCUUUGGGCUUUUCCUGGAAUCACCGUGCCAUGGUCCACUUCAUAGUGCCAGUGAAAAAUCAGGCACGCUGGGUACUGCAGUUCAUUUCAGACAUGGAAGAGCUGUUCAGGGUCACCAAGGACCCUCACUUCAACAUCAUCAUCACAGACUAUGAUAGUGACGACAUGGAUGUAGAAAAGGCCCUGAAAAAGUCCACCUUGCGCAGGUACCAGUACUUGCGACUGACAGGGAAUUUUGAGCGUUCUGCAGGUUUGCAAGCCGGAGUAGACCUGGUGAAGGAUCCACAUAGCAUCGUAUUCCUUUGUGAUCUCCACAUCCAUUUCCCGGUAGGGAUCAUCGACUCCGUUCGGAAACACUGUGUGGAGGGGAAAAUGGCCUUUGCACCCAUGGUGAUGAGGCUGCAGUGUGGUGCGUCCCCACAGUGGCCUGACGGCUACUGGGAGGUGAAUGGCUUUGGUCUCCUAGGUAUAUACAAGUCUGAUCUGGUUCGUAUUGGAGGCAUGAACACCAAAGAGUUCCGAGAACGAUGGGGAGGAGAGGACUGGGAACUCCUGGACAGAAUCUUUCAAGCUGGCCUGGAGGUGGAACGACUCUCUCUCAGGAACUUCUUCCACCACUUUCACUCCAAGCGGGGCAUGUGGAACCGGCGCCAGCUGAAGAAAUGACAACAUUUGCGCUCCUGAAUCUCAGCGUGCACUUUAUCCAGGCAUAUCACCCAAGUGUAUUUUCUCCCUCUCCCCAUGGAAAUCACCCUACACGGUUGGCUGUUUACACAUGUAUGUGUAACAAGAAAAGAAGACAGCAACGGAAAGGGGAACUUUUCUCUAGGAAGGGUGGGGGAAUCGGAAGAAUAUGAGCCUGUAUGUAGCAUAUUCAAUGCAGAGAGUGGCUUUUGAAAGCAAGCAACACAUUUUCUCACCAGCAGUUCAUGAAGGGACAUGGAACAUGGACCUUUCCCUCCAACUAAAGGAUAAUUUAAUGGCCUUAUCAGGUUUUACUGGAAUACAAUCACUUCUUUAAAACAAAAGUGCAAAAGCAGUGGUGCAGAAGUAAUAAUGCUAAGAGACUUCUGAGAAUUCCCAAAACCUUAAUGUUCUGGGUCUGGGAUCAGUGAGACACAGUGUCCUGGAGGACCUCAGAUCGUUGGAGGGUGGAUCCUGUAAUACCAGAAGAACUUUAAAGAUCCAGUCAAUGGAGUCUGAGGAACUGGAGCACCUUGCACCAUGUGUUAGAAAGAGGAGUGCACCCUCAUUAGGUCUGGUACAAGUUAUUGUUAAUGAUGCAGCUUCUUCUCUCUUUUUUGAGAUACUUGAAAAGAA